AUGGUCAUACAGCUUUGUAAGGUGGGAGGCGUUAGCACCACGCUGCGGUGCCCUUGCUGUGGGUACUCCACAACGUCCAGGCGACACAUGGAACUUCACGUGGCUACUCACACUGGGGAGAAGCCCUUCGCCUGUCCACACUGCCCCUUCAGAGCUGUCCAUAGCGCCAACCUCAAGACCCACAUACGGACCCACACGGGAGAAAAGCCCUUUGCCUGCCCUUACUGCCCGUACUCAGCCGCGCAGAAGGAAAAGUUGAAGGCGCACAUCCGCACUCACACCGGGGAGAAACCCUUUGCCUGUGAAUACUGUCCUUACCGUUCCACCCGGAAGGACCACCUCAAGUCCCACUUUGGAUUCUUGAACCCCAUUGAAAAUGUCCAGUUUUCAGAUGUACCUUCGACUCCAAUCAAAUACAUGGCAGUACGUCAUCGAUUAACUCAGAGGCCUCACUCCCAGGAAGAUAGUUCAGACCAUAGUUACCGCCAUUACCGCAAACCGUCCGAAUGCGAAGAUGGAGCCUAG